CUUAUUGUUUCAAAAACGAGUGCGAUUCCUCUUCUGGGGUAUGUCUGUAUGGAUGCAUUAAUGGAUACUGGAACAAAACCUGUGACAAAGAGUGUGAACCAGAUUGCUUAUCUUGCAAUCAAACAGAUGGAUCGUGUUCACAAUGCAAGAACAAUACAAGACAUGGACAUGACUGUAGACAGGAAUGCAGCGCUACCUGUAAGAACUCCAAGUGUGAUAAUAAUGGGAAUUGUAUAAAUGUUUGCAUUCCAAAUACGUUUGGAAAGCAAUGUGAAAACAAAUGUGAUGGUUCCUGUUCACCGAAGGACAACAGAACCAGUUGUUCUGAAAAGACUGGAAUGUGUUUAUACGGCUGCCAACAUGGAUACAGAGGAAGAUUUUGUCCUAAAGACGUUGGAAAUAAAAGUGAAAAACAGACAUUAUUGACAGCAGCACUUGGAAGGGGUCUUGGUGGAGGCAUUAUGGCGCUUAUAAUCCUUGCAAUAAUUGCAAUGGUUUGGUUUCGUAAAAGGCGAAGGUCGAACACGGAACGCAAUACUUCAGUUCAUGACGGAGAUUAUGCCACAGUGGAUGCAAAUCUUCGUGAGGUUGAGCUCAGAGAUCUUAAGUAUGAGACUCUACAAGAAACGGAUGUUCACACGAUGAAUCAAACAACUGACUAUUCAAACGUCUCUGACAAUGUAAACGACAACAUCACAUACCUUGAAGAAAGGCUCCGUAGACCUACCCGUAAAGGUUGUGCCAUGGAUCCCGCAGAGCAGGUUUGCAUUGCUCUACGUUAUUAUGCCACUGGGAAAUUUUUCAAUGUGGUAGGGGAUACCAUGCGGCGCGACAAGCGACAGUUUGUCGUGUGGUUAAAAAUGUAA